AUGAGAAUCACAAAUCUCGUUGCCAAUAUCAAGUCACUCGGUGAAACCAUUGAUGAUACUCGAGUUGUCAAGAAAUUUCUGCGUGUUGUACCACCUCGGUUCAACCAAGUCGCCGUGUCAAUUGAAAUGUUUUGUGAAAUGAAAACACUCACAGUUGAAGAUCUGGUGGGAAGACUCCGUGCUGCUGAAGACCGUUUCGAAGACAAGGUGGAGCAUAUCACUGACAAGGCAGGGCGGCUGCUACUUGCUGAGGAUGAAUGGCUUGAGAAACACAAGCAUCGUUUCCAGGCAAAUUCGCACAGAGAGGGGAGCAGUGGAGGCAGCGGUGCAAGCAACCAUAUGACUGGCACCCGAUCUGCACUAGCUCACCUUGAUGAAAAUGUUCGUGGUUCAGUGCGCUUUGUUGAUGGCUCUAGCGUCGAGAUCUGUGGACUCGGCGCAGUGGUGAUUCAGGGUCGCCAUGAUCAACAUAAGGUACUCACAAAUGUCUACUACAUUCCAAAACUGAAAAGCAAUAUAGUGAGUCUUGGACAGCUGGAAGAGGCAGGCUGUGACAUCAGAUUGUUUGAUGGUCGGCUGAAAGUGUUUGAUCCGGAAUACAAUUUGUUAGUCAGUGCACCUCGCACUGUUGAGUAUCAGGACACUGCAGCUGGUCCGACAAUUCACGAACCAGCUGGAUCAGGCGAUGUCGGUGAAAAUUCAGGGGGUGGCGAUGCACCACCGCUCUCACCACAGUCUCCUGCAACCCCAGCGACACCACAGGCUCAACCCCAGAGUGCAGGCUCGGCCCCAGCUGCGAAUGGCAGUCCACAGCAAGGAAGUGCAGAAAGUUCAGAGGGUGUGCCACUGAGGUACAGGUCGCUGACUGAUCUGCUAGACUCAACAGAAGAAAUACAUGAUUUUGAGUAUAGUGGGCUAUGCUUGCUUGCAGCAGAUGAGCCAGUAAAUGUGGAGAGUGCACUAACAGAACAAUGUUGGAGAGAGGCCAUGAAUUCAGAACUUCAGGCCAUUGAGAGCAAUAACACCUGGAUGUGGAGAUCAUGGAGCACGUCGUGCGGCGGGGUGGACGGGCUUCAGGCCCAUAGCUCCCGCUCUCGCCGCGGUGAUCGCGUCCAAGCGCCGCCGUCGCUGUUCGCCGUCGCCGCUGAUCCAGGGACUGGCCGCCACGGCCUGGUUCCAACAGCUGGCCAUGGAGCCGUCGCGGUGCUUCAUGUUCGGCGCAUCCGUCGGGGGCCUCAUGGGUCUUUGCCUCAGCGGCCGGCUCGUGUUAUUUCUUCUUCUGCUGAUUCCUAA